AUGCCACGUCGUCCAUCCUCACCCUCUUCGGCGAGCGAGAUCUCUUCCAAUGAGGGUGUGGCUGAUGCCAUAAAGGGGGCAUCAUCGGACGAAUGGUCAGCAUCAUCCUCUUCCCCCUCUCCCCCAACAACGCUCCGCGUCCCCUCCUCCCUCUCACCGCCGCCCCACCGUUCCCCACCGCACGCCCACCCGGACGCCACGGCGUGGCCGGUGCCACCCAACGAUCUCUCGCCGCACCACGUGCUGCACGUCGCGCUGUCGGAGGCGCGUUCGGCGCCGGUUCUCCCGCCUCCCGUCGCUGCUGACGUUCUCUGCGUUGCUGUCUCUGCGUUGUUGCUGCAUCCGCGACAUUCACUUCCUGUUCGGUCGGCAAUGGCGGCUGGAGCUCUGGCUCUUGUGGCGUCUGCUCUUGCUGAUGCCAUCCCCGGAGGGGCCCCGGGCGGGCAGGUGCCAGCGCUGCUCCGAGUCGCCGCGGCGCUGGCUGAAGGAGGGCUCGACCGUGAACGCGACCAGCGUUGCCGCCGUCGUUCCCCUGUGUACCGCUCCCCCCGCGCCCACGCCCACCCCUUCCGCCGAUCCUAUCGCUCCCCUCCGCGAGGAGGACUCGGGGACCCGAACGUGUUGCGUCGGCGACAGAGGCAGCAGGAGAGACUGAGCCGUCGGCAGCAGCGGCAGCUCCAGCAGCGGCCUCCCCCUGUGCCGGCUCCUGCGCCUCCUGGGUUGCUGUCGGCGGUGCCGCAGCCACAGCAUCCCCCUCCUCCAACGCCUCUCCCUCUCGGCGGAUCUUUGACGCUGCAGCCGCGGCCUCGGCUUCCUCCUCAGACCCCUCCGCCUGCCUCUCAUCCAGCCGGUGUGGCACCGUCACCGUCGUUUGCCCCUGCUCCUACGAGCGUUGGAGCCGGUGGGGAGAGUGCACGCCUGUUGAGCGAUUGCUUCGCGUUGAGCUGCGCGUAA